AUGUCGUGCAAGCUGCUGAGCUUGAGCGGCCACGACCUCCAGCAAUUCUGCCAGACCCAGGCCAACGCCGAGAUCGAGGAGCUACUUCAAGGCAUCAAGAAGCGUUUUUCUCUGCUCAAAGUCCCCGAACCGCAGAUAGUAGUGGCCGACAACUGCUGUCAUGUCCGCAAAGCGAUCAAGAACGCUUUUCCCAACGCCCACAUCGGGCUCGAUGUUUGGCACAUGCUCAUGCGCUACAAUGUCUGCCUAAUGGGUGGAUCCGGAAACCACGCGCGGUCUGAAGUCGCUGACGACAUCGUUAGCGCGAUCUUGAAGACUCGCGCUGACAAGUUUAAUCCUGCGUCGUACUGGCCGCGCGAGGAGCAGGAGAGGCGACUCGACGCAGCGUUCAAGAAAUGGGCUGCGCGAGGGGUAUGGAAUGUCGCUGCCGUGAAGACCCACAGCGAGCAGAUGAAGCAUGUCAAGAAGGGCUGUCUUACUCGCCCCAGGAACGAUGUUCGCUCCGAUGGCAGUCGGAUCGAAGGAACCCACAAGGCGUGGAACGGUCUUCAGCGCUCCUACGCAAGCGGCCUCGAAAUGCUCACCAUGCUGUCGCACGACCUCGUACUGCGUCGAAAUCAUCGUAUCGAUCUCGAAUCCGGAUCCCCCACUCCCUUUUCUUUGACAACAUACGGCUCGCACCAUCUUCGGCUCGUCAACCACAUCGGGAAACUGUGGAACUCCAUUCUCCAGACACCAAAUAUGGCGCACCUAUUCGCUGGUCUGGCCGCAGUACCCACCUUCCGUUCUGUCAACAGCGGCGAGACCUUCGGCAUCGUGCAGUCGCAAUUCGCUGCGGGCUACCAUUACAUGAUCGACAUCAAGCACGAGGAGAUGGACGACCUCCUGGAUCUAUCCGCGCAGCCCCCCGAUCAUGCCCAACAAAUCCUCCGAAGCAUCAACAUCGACCCCUCGCUCCUGCUGCAGCCUCUCCCCGCUUCUGCCGCCUCGAUAGAUGGCUCCUUAUCAACAUUCCCGAGUGCACGCCACGAGGCGACCCACAGCAAUGCAGGCGCCGUGUCAGAACGCCAGGUCCCGGGAACGAAAACCUCGCAGGCUUCCCAGGCCGUGAUACACACAGGGACCCCUACGUCGAGCCCGAAGCUGCCUAAGGUCCACAUCGCCGGCCUCACGCCUUCGCAGCGUGUCUUUUCCAUUUCCACCGGCUUGAACCCGCUUUCCAUGGCAAUCACCAGCGGCGACGAGUUCUUCUUAUUCAUGAACUUACGCGCAGAGCUCAAGUGGGCAUCAUACAGCAUGUCGCCUUCGCGAUGGGUGGAGGCCGCAAACGCCUACAACGUGGAGCUGGAGACGCUCAACCGCCGUCUUGGACACGCUAGUUGGACGACUUGCAAGACACCUCGAGCGCUCAUGGAUAAGCUGAAUGAAGUCGAGUCUAUGGUUGUGCGGCGUCUGGCGGCGGGUGACUACAAAUGUGAGAUCCUCCUGUUCGCCAUACGCAUAUAUCACUGA